UUGAUCGCUGUAUAUCUAUGAUUCAUGUACUGUUGUUUUUGUUAUGUGGUGGUAGAGGUUUGACAGUUUUGUCAAUAAUUUGAUAUUUAGGUACAAUGGCUGACCCGAAGUAUGCUGAUUUACCAGGAAUAGCGUACGACCAGCCAGACGUAUAUGAAACCAGUGAGCUGCCAGAGGCUGACCAGAACACAGAUUUCUUUGAGGAGGAAUCCGAUUCAAUAGAGCGCCUGCACAUCAGUGCGGCGGAAGCUUUCAGCAAGUUCAAGGGGAAAACUCUCCUAGCCGAUGGCGUCGACUUCUCGGCCACGCUCAACAAGAGCAGGCGCAGUGGUUACGAUGCACGGUCGGGCGACUGGGAGCUGGUGGGGGUCGGGGAGAAGGAGACCCCGCUGCAGAAGCUCCAGCGGCUGCAGUGCGAGAUGAACGAGCUGGCGGAGGAAGUGGCGCAGCUGAAGGUGUCGGAGCAGGCGACGGAGAAGCGGUCGGUGGCGCUGCUGGCGGCCGAGGUGGAGAAGACCCGGAAGCAGCUGGGGCAGAUCCGGCUGGAGGAAGUGCUGGGCUUCGAGGUCAUCGCCGACCUCACCGACCCUCAGGGCACUCAGCUCAAGAAGGUGCUGUCGCUGAUCGACGGCCUGAAGGAGGAGGGCGGCGCGGGCGCCGGGCAGAGGCCCGGGAGCGAGGCGAAGGCGAAGGCGGGGGACGAGGGCGUCGUCACGUACCAGCUCAGCUACCGGCCGCAGCACGCCCGGCUGUCCCAGAGCGCCCGCCUGGCCGAGCUGGAGCAGAAGCUGCACCGGCUGGAGACCGUCGUCGGAGCCGCGCCUGACAAGCUGGCUCGCCUCUCCAAGGACAUGCAGAACAAGAGCCUGGCGGAGGUCGCCCAGACCUUGGCGGCCAAGCUGACGCUGUUCGACUCGGCGCAGAUCGAGGCAGUCGAGCAGCGCAUGACCGCGCUCGCGCUGAAGAUGGACUCCGUCGCUGAGAAAGCUGCUGCGACCUCUCCACCAGAGUGCUCUGAGAGCACUCGCAAGGUGUGCGAGAUGUACGACGUAGUGAAGAAGACGGAGGACGUGUCCCAGUUGUUGCCGCAAGUGCUGGCCAGAAUGACGGCACUGCAGUCCCUGCACGAACAAGCUGUGAACGUGAUCAAGUCGUUCACGCAGAUGGAAGACUUGCAGCAGCAGAUCUGUGCCGGGCUGCAGAGCAACGAAGUGCUUCUGAAGAACGUGCAAGACACAUUUUCCAAAAACCUGCUGACCAUCCAGAAGAACCUGUCCAGCAUUGACGCACGCGUGUCUGCUAUUAAGUAAUGGCACCUCGGCGGCCUGACUUCUGUAUUCAUUUCUGAGCUGCUAUAUUUAUUUAUUUGAGUACCGCUUAAAAAUAUUGACCUACAUUAAUGCUGAUUCACUUGAUGGAGAUUCAUCAAUAAUUUUUUGUUGUGCUGUAAAACAAUAGUAUCUAUCUAUAUGCUUUUGCAUAGUACGGGAUAAUAUUACUUCAUUAAUGUACUGUAAAUGUUUGUUGUUAAGUUAUUAACUGUGAAAUUUUGUAAUAUAUAAAUAAAUAUGUUUUCAGAUAACCGUA